AUGUCGUGUUCACAGAUUGCAGUAGAGUGCACUAGAGAACGGUUUAGCCUCGUAUAUCCCCAUCCUAACGUUUUUUAUCAAUGCAGGUACAUAUGUUUUAGUCGAGGCAAUGCAUUUGCAAUAUAUCGAUGUAUUUUUGCUUCCUUGUUUGCAACUCUACUCAUCCUGGAUUAUGUAUGGAUAAUUCUACGUGAUCCGAAAUUUCCAGACUUUCUAUCCUGGUGUUUGGAUGCAUCUCAGUGGGCUUUAUUAGGCACAGCUGUAUGUUAUAUAAUAUUGGCAUGUAAUGCGGUGUGCAUAUCUAGACGAAAUGGGGAAUCAAACAACGAAACUACGAUUCCUUAUAAAUUUGUUUGGCUAUUAUAUACAUGCAGCGUGAAUUGCGUGUAUUCAACAAUGACACUGCAUUGGAUGUUUAGUGGUCAUCAAUCUUCCCUUGAACAAACAUUGAAACAUAGCAUACCUGGUUGUUUAAUAUUAAUGGAUUUAUUUUUAAACAGUAUCCCAUUAUAUAUAUGUCAUACAUUCUAUCCUGUAAUUGUACAUCUAAUCUAUUUGGCUGUUACAACAUUAAGCCUAUAUUUAGCGUAUACAAUUGGUAAUCUGGAUAAAACUACACCGUUUCCUUCAAAUCCAACUGUAUUCAUUGGUGGACAUGCAUUGUUACCAAAUGGUUAUCAAGAUUUUUCAAAUAUACCACGUAUAUUUAUCGUUUUGUUAGGAGCUAUCUUUAUUGGUAUUAUGAUACAUUGUGUUCUAUUAACAUUAGUCAUCACUCGAGAUUUUCUUGCAAGUUUAUGUCAACAAAGUACUACUGUAUGGUAUGAUUCUAAUGAUGAUGUAGCAUAUUUAAUGGAUAACAGUACAACUACACUAGAUCUGUUAAGUCGACAGUCAUCAUCAUCAACUGGUGUACACAAUUUAAAUGAAAAACUAAAAUGAUAUCAUCAAUGGGAAAUAGAAAUUUCAUGGAAAUUAACUGAAGUUUGUAUAUUAAUCAACAAGGUUUACACUGCUAUUCAAUGCUCCUUUAUUAUUGCUGCUACUUAUCUAUGUUAGUGAAUUGAUAAUUUUAACCUGAUUAAACCUAUCCAUAAUACAUAUCAUUCAUGGCAAGACUAUAAUUUAUGGACAAACCAAUCAGAUAUAAGAUAAAAUGUCUUGGAUUUUGUCACGAAAUUCAUUCAUCCAUUUGGUUAAAGAGCGUUUUUGACAUUUUAGCUGAUGUCAGUUCAUGAUGAAAAUCAUAAAUCUAAUUCCUAACCCUUAAUCAUCAACAGUAAAUCUUAAUUCUAGUUCCUCACCAUAGUUUAUAACCCUCAUUUGGUCCUAGUUAGUAUAUGGACUUUCUCAAGAUCACUUUAGUGUCGCUCAAAGGUUGUCCAUAAAUUGUAUUCUCACCUGUAAAUCAAUUUAAUUAAAAUAUUUUAAUGAAUCUUCUUUUCAAGUACAUUUUAUCAUUUGUAUUAGGGUUUUUAUUUAUUUAUUUAUUGUAAAACAAUAAAACAGGAUCAAACCUCCAAUAUGAAUUCAUUUUAUUAUCCUUUCGUUAUCUUUCUUAUAUUUUAUUGAUUUGUUUUUAAAAUUAACAACUGUUUGAACAUUGAACCAAAUAUUUAUCAAUGUGAUAUUCCCUCAUAUAUCGGAUCCAUUCAUUCAUCUCUAGUUGAUAAGAUUUUCUGAUUACAAUGAAACAUAAACUGACACUGAUGUACAGUUAUUUGCUAGAAAAUAGUAUGAUAUGGUAAACAUGAUUGAUGAUAUUUUAUGUUGAUUUACUCUUUUCAGUAAACAAUGAUACGUGUAUCAAUGAAUUAUUUCGCCACAUUUGUAUAUAUAUAUGUCUGUUGAUUCGUG